CCCAACCCGCAUACAGACCUAAGAGAUGGCGGAGCUGAACAUAGAGCUGAAGCGCGAGGUUGGGCAACACUUUGUGUUCGGCUUCCAUGGGCAUGGGAUUACGGAGGAUAUCAGGCAGCUCAUUCAAGAGUAUCAUGUCGGGAAUGUCAUCAUCAUGAAGCGCAACGUCCGCGACAUCAUGCAGCUGCAUUCUCUUAUCCGUGGUCUGCAGAAGCUCGCCCAAGACGCCGGGCAUCCGCGCCCUCUGAUGAUUGGCACUGAUCAAGAGAACGGUCUAGUAUCCGCAUUUAGCUCACCCGAAUGUGGAACUCAGUUCCCUGGCGCAAUGGCUCUUGCCGCGACAGGGUCCAUAGACAUUGCGGACAAGGUGACGGGUGCUUCUGCAAUGGAGAUGAGGAAUGCUGGAAUUAACUGGGUGUACAGCCCUAUCGCUGACGUCAACUCAGAUCCCCGGAAUCCCGUAAUCGGCGUACGAUCCUUUGGCGACGACCCCCAGAAAGUCUCCCGGUUCGUGAAUGCUGUCAGCAAAGGCCUUACGCGACACAAAAUUGCGCCUUCAGCCAAACACUUUCCUGGGCAUGGAAACACACACAUUGACUCCCAUCUCAGCCUUCCGCGCAUCAUGCAGACUAGCCAAGCGCUUGCUGCAACCGAGCUUGUGCCCUUCCAGUCUCUCAUCGACAACGGCGUCGCGACUAUCAUGACGGGACACAUGGCACUGCCUCUCAUCACUGGGGCAGAUACACCUUGCUCGCUGUCACGAAUGAUCACGAGCGACCUGCUUCGUGAUCAGAUGGGCUUCCAAGGCGUCAUCGUAACGGAUUGCUUGGAGAUGGAAGCGGUCGCAGAAAAGUACGGAUCAGAGGACGGCGCGGUGAUGGCCCUUCAAGCGGGCGCAGACGUGGUAAUGAUCUGCCACACCAUGCAGCGUCAGCGCGGGGCGGUCGAGAGGACGUACGCUGCGAUCACGAAGGGCAAUCUCUCGACCGAGCGGCUCCUGGAGAGCGGGAAGCGUAUCGCAGCGCUCAAGGACACUUUUGCGGGCUCCUGGGACGACGUCCUGGCACCGCCAAUGGAUCUCGGUUCCUGGAGCACCCUGAAGAACGCGAACACCGCACUGAGCAAGCAGGCCUACACAGAGUCGAUGACCCUCAUUCGCGACCCGAACAAGGUACUGCCACUGCCGGAGAACGAGGGUCCGAUCAUGGUGUUCACGCCGAUCAUGGAGAGCGUCAACCUUGCCGUGGACGACGCCGAGGGCCUGCUGCGCGAUGCCGCAGACCAGCUGCGGAACACUGCAGGACCGUCGUACACUGCCUUCGCCGCAGCAAUCUCAAAACGGACGACGGUGCACCACGCGGUCUACUCGUCCGAGACGACGGUCUCGCCGAGCACGCAGGAGUACCUGCAGCGCGCGUCGGCGGUCGUGUUUGCGACGCGGAACGGCUUCGAGAACGGCCGGUGGCAGAUCGAGUGUCUAAAGAGGGUUAUUGCGAAAGCGGGGCAGAGCAAGAAGAUUGUGCUCGUGUCGACGUGUGCACCGUACGACGUGCUGGGUGUAUAUCUGGACGGGCCCGUCGCUGUGCUCGCGACGAUGGAGUUUACGGUGCCGGCGCUGGAGACUGCAGUAGAGACUAUCUUUGGUGCGGUUCAGGCGAGAGGGGUUGUACCGGUGCAGUCUGUCUGACGGAAUUAAAUGAACGAAAAUGUCCGGGUCUGCGCGCACGAUACUCAGGUUCAAGAGCAAGCUGCGAAACCAAUCAGCGACGGGCGCCCAAACCCUGGACUUCGCAGAGGCACGUGACCGGACACUGCCCCGCCUGAGCCGGGCGCCUCCCCAGAUUGGCAGGAGGGCGGUGGAAGAGGCAGGGCAUGACAAGGUUACACCGCGACAACA